AAGAUGUAGUUUGGUAGAGUGCUUGCCUUGCCUGCUGGAAACUGUUGAGUUUGAAUGCCAACGCUAAAGAAGCCCAGUUUGGUGGUGCACACCUGUAACGGCAACACUCGGAACGUGGAGGCAGGAAGAUCAAGAGUUCAAAGCUAUUCUCAGCACAAACUUCUCUGUCUUGUCUAAAUAAAAGCAUGAAAGGCACUUCCCUGCUGGGCUUAGUGGCGCAUACCUUUAAUCCCAGCACUCAGGAGGUAGAGGCAGGCACAUCUCUCAGUUCGAUGCAAUCCUGGUUUACACGGUGAGUUCCAGGACAGCCAGGGCUACACAGAGAAAUUCCUAUCUCAAAAGAGAGAGAGAGAGGGAGAGAGAAAGAAGAAAAAGGAAAAAGGAAGAGAAAAGAAGAAAGGGAUGAAAGAAGGGCAAGUCCCAGUUUUCUCUAUCUUUAAUUAAUUGUCCAACACAAAAAUGGGGGUGGGAAAUCCAUGGUUUAAGUUGACAACUAAUCACCCUUCCAAAAAAAUACACGGAACAUAGGAUGUAAAAAGAAUUCCUACAAUUCAGAAAGAUACCAUAAACCAAAGGCAGCCUUGAACUCAAGAUAUGGCAGUUAGUCCUACCUACAUUAUAUUCUUUCUUUAGUUUCUCGAGACAGGGUUUGUUGGUACAACCACCGUGGCUGUCCUGGAACUGGCAUUGUAGACCAGGCUAGCUUCGUACUCGUGGAGAUCAGCCUGCCUCUUGUCACUAUGAAAAAUGUUCUCACGUUAUCUUAGGUGAUUUGAUCUCCCAGUCCAUUUUAGGUCUUUUGUUAUUGUUUGACUUUUUUGACACAAGGUCUUCCGAUACCCCCACACUCACCCCCAAUUACCCUGAAAUUUAUGAUCAUGAUCGUCCUGCCCCUGGGCAGGUUUGAUUUUUAAUCGAUUUCUCAAGCUUAAGUUUCCGUAAUUGCAUUCACUGUCCCAUGAAUGCACUAGAACAGAGGCAGUCAAUGCUGAAACUGCAUGUAAUUUGCUUUUCACAACUUCUGGAACACAGAAGGUUCAGCUUCCUUCUGUAUAAACCCAGGAACUAGAAGCACAGCUUCAGAAGACGCUAAAGCGACUAUCUUCCUCUCUUCAGUGCGUGGAGACCUAGCCAAGGCUGUCCUUGACUCUCUUGCCUCGCCCACUCGAGUGCCACAGCACAGGAAUCUGCCACUGAACUAACACAACACCCACACUUCCUACUGGGCUUUGAAAUUCUUCCCCAUCGCCCACAGCCUGUGUGAAUGGGCGGAGCCUCGAUCUCGGGAAAACUCGGCAGUGGGAGGGGUCUCCUCUCGAAGAGUCUCCUCCGGAACCUUUCGGGCAGAGGCGGAGUCUUCUGCCGAGGGCCCUUCGGAGAGAGGCGGAGCCUAUCUCGCAUCAGGACCAGUCUGGCUGCACCUGCAUCCUUAGCUCAGAGCAUCCCUGGAGCAUCUAAGAGGAAAGCGCAGCCAGCAACCGGGGAUCGGACUGUCGCAGGGGCAGUCGGCCAGACAUCUUCCCCUCCCCUGGUCCACAGCCGCAGCCUCGGUACUGAACCAGAUUCCCAAAGUUGUCUGACCUCUGCAAAAGUGUUGCUAUCAACAGCCUCUGAUCACAACAUGGCUGAGAUCACAAAUAUCCGCCCCAGCUUUGAUGUGUCACCAGUGGCGGCUGGCCUCAUUGGGGCCUCUGUGCUGGUGGUGUGUGUUUCCGUGACUGUCUUUGUGUGGACAUGCUGCCACCAGCAGGUGGAGAAGAAGCACAAGACCCCUCCAUACAAAUUUAUUCACAUGCUGAAAGGCAUUAGCAUUUACCCAGAGACCCUCAGCAACAAGAAGAAAAUCAUCAAAGUUCGGAGAGACAAAGAUGAUCCCCGGAGGGAGAGUGGACGAGGGAACCUGUUAGUAAAUGCGGCAGAGUCUGGCCUGCUGGGCCAAGAAAAGGACCCCAGGAGGCCUAGCUCUGCAUCUUGUAUAGACCAGUUACCCAUCAAAGUAGACUGCGGGGAAGAACUGAGGAGCCCCAUGACAAGCCUGACCCCUGGUGAGAGCAAAGUCACCUCCCCGUCAUCACCAGAGGAAGACGUGAUGCUGGGAUCCCUUACCUUCUCGGUGGACUAUAACUUUCCCAAAAAAGCUCUGGUGGUAACAAUCCAAGAGGCCCAUGGGCUGCCAGUGAUGGAUGACCAGACACAGGGCUCUGAUCCCUACAUCAAGAUGACCAUUCUUCCUGACAAGCGGCAUCGAGUGAAGACCCGUGUGCUUCGCAAGACUCUGGACCCUGUAUUUGAUGAGACCUUCACCUUCUACGGCAUCCCAUAUAGCCAGCUACAGGAUCUGGUGCUACACUUCCUCGUGCUCAGCUUUGAUCGCUUCUCUCGGGAUGAUGUCAUUGGGGAGGUCAUGGUACCACUGGCGGGUGUGGACCCCAGCACGGGCAAGGUUCAGCUGGUCAGAGACAUCAUCAAGAGAAACAUCCAGAAAUGCAUUAGCAGAGGGGAACUCCAGGUGUCUCUGUCGUACCAGCCCGUGGCACAGAGGAUGACAGUGGUGGUCCUCAAAGCCAGACACUUGCCGAAGAUGGACAUCACCGGUCUCUCAGAUCCUUAUGUCAAGGUGAACGUCUACUACGGCAGAAAGCGCAUUGCCAAGAAGAAAACGCAUGUCAAGAAGUGCACUUUGAAUCCUGUCUUCAAUGAGUCCUUCAUCUAUGACAUCCCCACUGACCUCCUGCCUGAGAUCAGCAUUGAGUUCCUUGUCAUUGACUUUGAUCGCACUACUAAGAACGAGGUGGUGGGGAGGCUGAUCCUGGGGGCACACAGUGUCACAGCCAGUGGUGCGGAACACUGGAGAGAGGUCUGUGAGAGUCCCCGCAAGCCCGUAGCCAAGUGGCACAGUCUGAGCGAGUACUAGUUCCUUCUCGCCUCCGACCCUGGGGCCAGGCUUAGGGAGGCACACGGCGGGGAGAGAUGACAGAGAAGCUGACUCAAAACCUCAUUUUAGUCGUAGAAGAAAAUUUCUUACAAGAUAAACCACACAAAGAGCAUCUUACUGCACACCAUUGCAGGUCGGUUCUUAGCUUGAGAAGUCUUUUCUUCUUUGCAAGGCACUAGACGAUCUUUUGUUUUUAAAAUGGGGGGGGAGAGAAGGAAAGACCCCACAGUCUAUAUAUAACAAUGUAACCUUAUACUUGCAUGUCUAAUACAAACAAGAAAUUAGCCUAACCGAUAUCAAGUUGCAGAUUUUAAUCCAUGAAAAUUGUGUUUUGUGCCGAACUGUAUUUGCUGAUCUCCUGAAAUUGGCCUCCUUUUAUCAGGCUUCUCUGGGUUAUUCCCGUUUCCCAUCAUAGCAGAAGAAAAGUCUACUCUUGUAAAACCCCAUGUUCCUGUCAUUCCAUCCUUUUUUCUAUCACCUCUCAGGUCUCCACUCUUUGGCCAAGUUUCAAGUCCAGAGUCUGGAGUAAGCAGAGGAACAAGUGGGUUUUGCAGGAGAAAGAGUAAUUGAGAAUGGGGUGUCUGCUGUUAGCCACUUACCAUAAAGGAGUAACAGGCAGUCCGUGACUAGUGACAGGCAGCGUGGCGGGCUUGGGAGGCAGAACUGGACUUAGGACUUGCCGAUUUCUCUGGAAGCUUUGGAGACUUCAGCUUUGGCCCGAGGGAAGUACCAUCUGAUCCCGAGUGCUACUUGCAGGUCAGGGGACAGUGGGGAGGAGAUAAAAUAUCCCUGCAGAAGCUCUGGCAUCCCCUUAUGCUGUAGAUGCUGAUGGAAGUUGCUUUCUGUUUGAUAAGGAAGCAGGCCUCAGGACUUUCUCUCUGAGGUUUACAGAAAUGGUUCUUAAGAAAGCUGAGUGGGGCUGAAUAGUGAGCUAAUGUAGAUGCCUUCGAGGCCCCCACUCUCCUCAGCAGCAAGCACAAGGCUGGAGAGCUGAGAGUCACACCCCACGGUGAAGUCCAUCGCCUUUCUGCCCUUGGGCAGGACAGUGCAGAGCCUGGGCAUCUGGAGCUCAGAUCCAAAUCUCUGCGUGGGACUCAGGAGUGAAAGGUGAGCCUGAGGAGGACCUCAGCCAAAUAAGACACAGCUUGAUCCGGGGCCUGGAAGAUUAUCUGUAACUGAAGUGCCCACUUCCCUAUAGGACCACUCUCCAGCUUGCUUCUGAGAACAGGUGGACUGACCAGCUUGGUUUCCAUGGCGAGGGUGGUGACGCUGCCUUUGGUGUUCCCUUAGUGCUUGUAGAUUUGAAUCCACUCUGCCCUCCCCACUCACCCUUUCAUUUUUUUGUUUUGUUUGUCUGCUUUGCUUUUCCCCUGCGGGAUUCUUGGCAAUGCAGAGCGGCCCUGUGUAGGCAGGGAGACCCACUUUGCCUUUGCCCUUCUCCACCAUUGUAUCCCGUGAUGACUUAGUGUCUGGCCAUCAGCUGGGAUCACACCACUACAGUCUCCGCCCUUUAACCCAUGGAAUGUAAAUACUGUAUCAUAUGUAGGAGACAAUACUUUUUGUUUUCUAAAAAGGCAUUUUGACAUAGUUUAACGAAAACCUGGCGGGAGCAUUCUAAGCCCCAUUAGGGAAAAAAGUCGAAAUGGUUCCUCUUCGUCGCCUUAAUGUGUAAAGAUCAGAAGUCACUCAGCAGCUUUAGUUCCUUCCCUGAAGCAAUGCUAAGUGACAGGUGGAGUCGUCUCCGACUUGCUGUGUGUGCCUCUGUAGCUCCUCCUGAGAAGUCGGGGAACAGCCUCACCCCUCCUCCCUUCCCCUCCUCCCUUCCCCUCCUCCGUUCCCCACCUCCCAGCAGCUCAAUCCCUUCCCCAGGCUCGGGGCUGCCUCCGUGCAGGAUCCCUCCUCCUACCUCAGGCCUGAUCCAGCAUGUCCGAAAGCUUCUUAGUUGACUUGGGUUUCUUCACAGAGCUCACUGACGUGGGCGGAGGCAGAUUGCCCCUUCCGCUCAGUUGAGAGACAGACAAGAGAGUCACGUCUUAGCUGUUUUGCACAAGGCACUUGUGGUUAGGAAUAGGUUAGGGAAGUCACUCCCGAUUCCCAGCAGCCAGUCGACGUAGAUUUCUCGACUCUUUGGGACUAUGAGAAUUAUUCCCAAUAACAAAAGUUCCCUUCUUUGCGUUCUCAGCAGCGCACAGCCGCGAUCUGCAGUGCUGUGCUAGAGAGAACUGCUGUGUGGGACCAGGGUGACCUACCCAGGAGAGGGAUAUGGAAGACUUUCAGUACUGGUCACGACAGUGACAUUACCCUCACCACCACAAUCCCUCUCCAAACAGGUUGUCUUUCUUUACCUUGUGUCUUCUCUUGUAAAAAUAAAACUCUAAAUAAAAUUAAAAAGAAAAAAAAAAAAAACAGAACAAGCUAACAUGAACUGUGUGAACUGCAUAACGCCGUGACGCUAACCUGCAGUCUGUAACGCUGUCGUCUAUGUUGACUUGUUGAUGCGCCACAUGUGCAGAAUAAAGACUG